AUGGAAGUGCUACCUUCGCCUCGUGCACAAAGAGUCCCACCACCUUCGGUUACGAUCGAGGAAAUGACAAAGGCCGCGAAGAACAAAGAAAAGAAGGCGAUCAAGAUCGCGGAGAAGGCCAUCGGGGAUGAAAAAGAAGAGCUGGAUGAACUAGAGACCAGUGGCUUGAUGGAGCGACUGAUGAAAAAGCGGCCUGAACUGCAUGCACCUGCUAUUAAAGUUCAUGGCAAGGGGAGCAAAGUUGCCAAAGGUAUAAGUUCUUCCCUUAUCGGCGGUUCAGUUGUAAAAACGUGUCUUUUUGCUGCUGAUACAGGAAUCCAGCGAUUUUUUACGACAGCUAGCCAAAACGACCAAUUAGACGAAGGUGCUUCAAUGAAAACCGCUGAGGUUUCGCCUGUUUUGACAAAAGCUAAGCCAGUCACAAAAAGGAAGCGAAAGUCUUUUGGAAGAAAGGUAGUUUUGUUGUUAAUUGGAGACAUGCAUGAGCAGAUGCUUGAUUAUUUGUCAGCUUUCAAAUUUAGAAAACAGUCAGACGUAAACACUUAACA